UUUAAAACUAAACUUAUUCUUUUUAUUCAAUUAAUUGAAAUCAUAAAAUAGUUUAGUCUAAGAUGUAUUGAAUUUGUUAAGAAUUACUUAAUAAAGAGAGAUAUAUCUUUAUCAUUCAGUGGAUUCCAUAAUCUACAUGUUUUGUCAAUUCAUUAAAAAGUUUGAAUCUUGUAUUUCAGUGUUUAUUAUUAUUGUAAAAACUGAGAAUAAUUGAACUUCAUUUCAUUUGUAAUAUUUCAAAACACCUUGUGAUCUAAGAUGACAUUUUUAUAUACAGAUCCUUAAUGUUUAAUAAGAGUCUUGGUGGAUUUUUUUUACAUAACAAAACGAAUAACUGGUCAGUCAGAAUGAAAUCAAACAAGACCAAAUGAUUGGAAUACAUUAUAUUACAAACGUUGUUUAAUUAGCUAUGUAAACUGUUUAAAUCUUCAUAUUGAAAUGUUGCAUGUUUUAUUAAAUUUUCAUACAAGUUUACACAUAGUCUUAGGAUAAUUUUGAUGAAAUGUGCAUUAUUUUCGUUCAAAAUAACUGAUUACAUGCUUAAUAGGAUGCAAGUAUCCAAUUGAUAUUUGUUAUCCACCUGGAUAUAUAUAUAGUUGAAGAUAUGUGGAACCAGAUUUGGAUAUUAUACUACAUUCUAUGGAUAACCAGUAUGUAUUUGUGCAUUGAAGCCUCCGAAAUUACUAUAUUGUCUCCAAAAGAGGCUGAAGUACUUCGAGAAAAAGUAAAAAAUGAAUGUGAACUCAAUCGAACAUUGGACAAGAAAUCUCACAUUUAUUCUCAAACGGAAUAUUGUCUUACAGAAUUUGAUUCAGUAUCUUGCUGGCCACCAACAAAGGGUGGGACAAUCGCUAAAAUACCUUGUCCAUCUCAUGUUCCAGGAGUUAAAAUAACUGGAACUGUUUAUCGUCCAUGUAAUCUAACUAUCGAGACACAAGAUUUAAAUGGAAGAAAAACGGUUGUUUGGAAAUUCGAUAGAUCUAAUUACAGUGAUUGUGUACAUCAUGAAGACAUAAUGGCGACCCAUUUGCCUAUUAUACAAACUUCUGUGUUUUAUGGUUACGCAAUCUCUAUGGUUUUAUUACUAAUAGCUACAGGAAUAAUUUUACGAUUUCGACGUCUCAGAUGCACUAGGAAUAACCUACAUUUGAAUUUGUUCAGUGCGAUUUUGCUACGAUGUGUCUUACAUUUUAUAAAGCAUGCAGCAGACGGCCAAGGGGUUAUUUGCAAAAUAUUUACUACUCUUCAUGUGUUUACAAUUGAAGCAACAUAUUCUUGGGUACUUAUGGAAGCACUUUAUCUUCAUAACAGUGUACUUGUUCAUGUAAUGCAUGAAAGUAGGACAUCUUUUAUUCUUUAUGCUUCAAUUGGAUGGUCCCUCCCAAUAUUGGUAAUUACUGUAUGGGUUUUAUUGAGAAUAUUCGUGACAACAGGUGAUCAGUGCUGGGAUUUAGACAUUGGAUCUGGUAGCCCAAGUAGAAUACUUUUAAUUGUAUAUCCAGCAAUAAUUAUGUUGUUUAACUUGGCAUUUUUUAUCAAUUUAUUACGGGUGAUAUUUAACAAAACACAAUCGCAACCAAUGAGUGAUGCCAAACGUUUAAGGACAUUACUGAAAUCUACUUCAGUGCUUGUUAUAGUUUUUGGUUUAUAUCAUUUAUUUUUAAUCCCAUUAAAUUUAAUGCAAAUUAAUACACAUAUUAAUGGACCUGGAUUACUUGAAAUAAUUAAACUUUAUUAUGAACAGAUAAUGGAAGCUUUUCAGGGUUCAUUUGUCGCCAUUCUACUUUGUUUUAUCAAUAAAGAGGUAACUUGCAAUCAAUGUAAUGUGUUUAUAUUUAUUGAUGUAUAUUCCUCUGAAAACAAUUUCAUUUCAUCAGUGUUAAAUAAGUACAUUAUGAUGUAACUAGACCCUCUCACAGUUCAGUUUGUAUAUUUUAAUGCUUAGCGACUUUAGUCAAACCACUGAUAGACAUCAAACGGUAGAGAACAACUAUUUCAUCUUAGCAUAGAACUUCACAAUAUUGCUCAUACAUGACUGAGACAGUGAAGAAACCUUGAGCUUUCAGUUCACAGGUUGAGCAGAUAACUUAUAAUCUACUGGGCUUUCAUCAAAUAUUCCACUUUUCCAACCUUAAUAAAUAUUUAUGAGACAGUUAUUACCAAUGCUAAUGUUUGCUGGUCGUGUAAUAUCACAAAUAUGAAAGCUGUAAGAAAACUAUGAGCUUAAUAGUCUAAGAGUUCAACGUCAGGCUGCAAUGACUGUCCAUAGUCCUCCGACUUCCUAGCAUUUAUUAGUCCAUGAUCAAAGCCUUAGACUAAACCUUACUUAUACAGUUAUUUCUGAAUUUAAACGUGUUUAUAGACGUAAACAAUAUCUUCAAAGUAAUACAGAAAAUCGGCGUCAAAGUGUUUGGUUCAAUAAUCAAGAUGCAGAAUAUGAACCUGGUGAACGACAGAUAGAUAUUAAAUCUGGAAUUAAAUUAUCAAAAAGCCCAUCUUUAAGUGUAAGACAGAAGUCUUUUGCCGACAGAUUUCAUAAAAUAAUAAAACCUCGGUCGAAUGAUAAGUUCCAAAGACCAUCUGGUUUAAGAAGACCAUCACCCCUUUGUCGAAAUAGCGCAAUCAUAACAGAAUAAAAAUAUUUACAAUAAUAUUACCUGCAUAAUCAUGAACUUAUAGUACAAAUUCUUAUAGAUAUUGAUAUUACUUGUCCUCCAGGAUAUUUUCAAUCUUCAUUUCCUUCUGAAACUAUCUAAUUAAGACGAGUCCAGCCUUCCUUCUAUAUAAGACUGUCAGAUAGAGUUUUUCAAGAGGUAUAAACUUCAAUUGAUAAAGACGAACAGGAUCUACUUCUUACGGUUCCAACACAUUUCAGUGUUAAAUGAUGUACAUUUUUUCAGAUUAUUGAUGUAGAUGAACAUGUCUUGGAUAAAAAGCAAAACUCAUUCAAAUGAAUUCUAUUCUAUUUGAUUAUAAAAGUAUAUAUUUUGUUGAAUAUCUUUUCUUUUUUAACCAACUUCACUGCUGUACAAAAGAUGAUUCCUUUAAAACGAACUGAAUGAAAAACUAGUAUUGUAUUAUUUUGAUAUAAAAGCUUGACAACAAAAACAAAUAUUUUUUAAAUGAUUAACAUAUUUAUGAUUAGAUAGAUUAAUAUAAUUAAAUAAAAUCGGUUAAAUUCCCAUUUAUUCAAUUACAACUGAAUUUUUAAUGAUUAUUAUAAUCAUAAAAGGUAGUUUCUUGUAGCUGUAAAUAAUUACCCAAAUACAAAAGCUUUGUAAGUGUUCGACAUUGGAUGCUGACCACAUGAGUUUAAGUGGACUUGUUUAGCUGAAGGCUCUCGGUCAUGCAUCCGUACUAGAUCACGUUACAGCACGGCGUGGGAAAAAUCUCUUAUGAUCAUUAGCCAGAUUAGAUCAAUCGCUUCUCGAUAUAUUGAUAACGCAUCAAAUAUAUCUUCCAACCUCUU